GUGAACGACUGCUACAACCUCGAUUAGCUUGUGUUGUGGCACGCUGUCUGUAAACUCUGCGAACCAUUAUACCCAGCUACCACAAUUUCAAGCUCAAGUGCAGUUGCGUGUGUGCAUUUGUGUACGAGUUUCCAGUGCCAAUAUUUGGAUAAACUUGUCUCCAGUUGAUUUAGUUUUCGAGUUUUUGUUGUUUCUCCUAUUAUGGGUAUGUAGUUAACACAAACAGUUAAAUGCGCAGGAGAUACGAGUCAAGUUAUCAGUGCUAAGUAAUAUUUACGUUGGAACGGCGACGUAAACAUAAUUACACAGUAGUUAUUUUACUUUUCUGACGUUUCUUGUUGAAAUUUAGGCAGACUAGCCAUGAAGCGAGAGGCUGACGGUGACAUGGGUUCCCCGCAAAAACGUUCUCGUCGAGGAGAUGAAGAAGUUCGUUUACUGAUUCCCAGCAAGGUGGCCGGUUCUAUUAUCGGUAAGGGAGGCCAAAAUAUAACGAAGUUAAGAAGUCAGUACAAAGCCUCCAUAACUGUCCCUGAUUGCCCGGGCCCCGAACGGAUGUUAACGCUGUCUUCGGACCUCGAUACUAUUUGCAACAUCGUCAGCGAUGUGGUGCCCAAUUUGGAAGAGAAUGGCUCCAGACUGAGUAACGGAAAUGAACUGGAUAUGCGCAUGAUGAUACACCAGAGCCAGGCGGGGUGCGUUAUCGGAAAAGCUGGACACAAAAUCAAAGAAAUCAGAGAGAAAACUGGUGCCAAAAUCAAGAUAUUUUCAAACCUAGCCCCUCAGAGCACUGAUCGUGUUAUACAAAUUGUAGGGGAACCAUCAAAAUGUGUUGACACUAUCAGAGAAGUUUUGACCCUCAUUAAACAGAGCCCCAUUAAGGGGGUAGUUAACCCUUAUGAUCCCCACAAUUAUGAAGAUUUUUAUGCCGAGGAAUACGGUGGAUGGGGAACGCAAGGGGCAGGAAAUAAUAAUCGUCGACAGAACCAGGACGGACCGAGACAAGGAGCUCCUCCUAGAAAUGGAAUGCGUGACAGCCCAGUCAAUGGUGGCCGAUUUGGUGGAGGACGCGGAGGUGGAAACGUUGGACAAAGAGGAGGUAACAAUGGAGGACCGUUUAACAUGGGAGGAGGCAAUUUUGGUAACAGACCGCCGAUGGGUGGUAACCUGAUGCAAAAUAACCGCAACAAUAUGAGCGGUUUUAGCGGAAAUAAUCCUAGACCGAUAAAUGGUGGUAAUCCUCCAUUUGAACGUAACGGGUGGGCAAACUCCAACAAUUCCAACCAGUUCAGUUCCCCUCCACCAAACAUGAUGACAAAUACCAUAAGUUCACCCCCACCUUCAAAUUCGCUCGGUCUGGGGAAUCAAAAUAGUCCCGGUAAUGCCAGCUCUGGCGGAAAAACAACUACACAAGUCACAAUUCCAAAAGAACUCGCAGGUGCUAUUAUUGGAAAAGGCGGAGGCAGAAUAAGGAAAAUCCGUCUUGAUUCUGGAGCUAAUAUCACGAUUGACGAACCUCUCCCAGGUUCUAACGAUAGGAUCAUUACUAUAACAGGCAUGCCAAAUCAAAUACAGAUGGCACAAUAUUUAUUGCAACAAAGUGUCCACCAAAAUUCUGAACGCAAUAACUACUAAGAAGAACAAACAACCAGGCCUACAAAGACAAAAAUCCAAUAUUUACUAUUGAUAAAAAUAUCUAAUCGUGUAAUUUUUUUAUAACUAUAUUUUUCUAUUGUUAGAAACAUUCCAUUUUAUUUGAUGGGCAUUAUAUUUUUAAAUUUC